AUGGCCGAAACCAGCAGUCACCUGAAGGCCGUCCAUGGCAAUGAGAAGAUAUUGUCGGGGCCUGGAGAGAACAAUAGCCUCGAAAUGACUGUGUCUCUCGUGCAUGGCGAUGCAUCGGAGCUCAAGAAACGCUUCACCUCUCUGAACAUCCUCGCAGUAUGUGUUACACUCAUGGCUACAUGGGAAGCCAUAGGCGCCGUGUUUGUGGGAGGACUCGUCUCAGGUGGCCCUGUUGCUCUGCUAUAUGGUUAUAUCCUUGCCUUUAUCGGCACCAUCGCGACGUGCCUCUCUCUGGCAGAGCUAGCAUCCUUGUGUCCCUCGAGCGGUGGUCAAAACGAAUGGACGUCUAUACUCGCACCUCCCGAUUAUGCCCCCUUCUUCAGCUGGUUGACAGGUUGGAUCACAACCCUUGGCUGGCAGGUGUUCACCGGCAGUGCAGCCUUCCUGGGAGGACUACAAAUCCAGGGCCUAGUGGUUCUCAAUUACCCCGACUAUGCUCCAAAAAGAUGGCAGGGUACUUUGAUGUACUGGGCGAUACUGCUCGUUUCCUGGCUGGUCAACACUGUCGGCAUCAAACUCAUGCCACUGGUCGAAAAUGGGGUCCUUUUCUUCCACGUACUCACCUUUCUCGCUGUCCUUAUUCCGCUCGUGGUACUCUCUCCCCACAAGAAUGCCGACUUUGUUUUUACUUCUUUUGACAAUAAUUCUGGCUGGAGUAGCGACGGUGUCGCAUGGUGUCUGGGCUUGCUCAGCGCGACCUACGUUUUGGCCGGGUACGAUGGUUCGUGCCAUUUGAGUGAAGAGAUGCACAAUCCCAGUGUGGUACUUCCGCGUAUCAUGAUCGGCACUGUCCUCAUCAAUGGCACACUGGGUCUAGGGUUCCUUUUCGCCCUUCUCUUCUGCCUCGGGAACAUUGACUCGAUACUCAGCUCCUCUACUGGAUUCCCUAUUAUCCAAAUAUACUAUAACUCGACAGGAUCUACUGCUGCAACUGUGGCGCUUAUGAUGCCUUCGAUCCUCAUUGCUAUCGCGUCUACAUUUGGACUGCUAGCUUCAUCCUCGCGGACGCUGUGGGCUUUUGCACGAGACAAAGGAAUACCGUUUUCGGACUACUUUGCUCAUGUCGAUAAAGGAUCGUCGCUACCGAACCGAAGUAUCGCCUUCAGUGUCAUCUUCCUAGCCUUGCUGGGGCUGAUCAACAUCGGAUCAACCACUGCAUUCAAUGCAAUCGUGUCGUUGGCAGUCGUGGCGCUCUACACUUCAUAUCUGAUUCCCAUCAUUCUCCAUGCAAUCCGCCGAGUCAGAGGACCGCCACUGACUUAUGGUCCGUUCAGAUUGGGCGUUUUCGGUUUGCCCUUGAACAUAUUCGCGACUAUUUACAGCAUCUUCAUCGUAAUAUUUCUCUUCUUCCCACCAUAUCAACCAGUGACAGCCGUCAAUAUGAACUACGCAUGCGUAGUCUUUGGGGCUGUGGUUAUUUUCAGUAUUUUCUGGUGGUUUGUGCGCGGAAGGAAGACAUAUACUGGUUCAGCUAGGCAAGAAUGA